AUUUUUCGGGUAACAAAUGUACCAUGUUCCGCUGAUUCCACGCGACGCUGGCCGCGAGGAGACCAUUUUUCGAAUCAAUCAGUCGUUGCAGAAGCUUCUGCGAGUUUCUGAUGAGAUUUUCGAUCGGGUCGAGCACAGAAUUACGAGGAUUCAUGGGAAGGCUGAGGCGAUUGAUAGAAGGACGGAGGUGUUGGAGAAGAAGCUUGAGAGCUUGCAGGAGUCCGACAAAGUGAUCACGUUCACCCUGCCCCGCCAACUUCCAAAACUCCCCGAAGAGCCCCCCACCUCAACAUCUCUCUUCCGAAUAAACAUCGACACUGAGCAUUUCCCGGGCUCCGAAGAGCUUCCAGCAUUCCGCCGAGCCGAUGAUCAUGUGCUCCGACCCUGUGAGCCCAUCGACUUUACCUAUGAGCUUAACAAACCCGACAAGUUCUUCCUGACGAGUCAAGUACUGAAAGAGUAUGAGCAGAAGGGAUGGGAACGGUACAAGAAGCGGCUGCUCGGAGGGCUCAGGGAGCUCUCCAGGAGCCCAGAGCACAUCGCUGAGCUCUUCUACGCGGGCACCUCAAUUCCAGCUUUCGAAGGUGUUUCUGGAGAUUUCAGCAAGAAGGCUCUUGACGCGGAUGAUGAUGGUGGGACAUCUAGAAGUGGACGGACGACGGAUGAGCUGGCUCAGCUUCGGCUCCACGAGCAACUGCUUGAGGAUACGGCACUGAGCAGUACUCUAAUGCAGGAAGAUUCUUUGGAUGAUAAUCAUCCGUUGGCAUUUCGGAUUAAUUUUAAUGAGAAGAAGAAGAAGACGGCGAAAAUGGUUGAGAUGCCUGAUAGUUUGCCUAAUUUGAAAGGCCACGCCCACGAUUUCACUCUCCGCGACCCGGAAAUCGAUGAGGAUCGGCUUCUAGACAUCCUUCCAGCAGAUGAUCAGAUUCCUGAAGCAUCGGAGCCCACUGAAGCUGAAGCUGAUGCUCCGACGACGUUCAUUCUUCCACCACCACCACCACCGAUGAAGCUUGAUCCUUCUCCUCAGCCAGCUGCAACUCCAGUAGAGAUCACAGAGAUUCCUCCGAUCAUCUCACCUCCAGCACCACCACCGCCACCUCCACCACCGCCACCUCCACCUCCACCGCAGACCCCAUCAGCAAGCUCCUCCGUAACCUUCAGCCCCACGAAAUCCGUCGACGGAGGCCGUUCAGACUUGAUGGCUGCGAUCCGAGCAGCCGGUGGAGCUGGAAAUGCGAAACUCAGCAGGAUUGCCGAAAAGCCGAAGCGGAAGGGGAAAUUCGAUGGGAUUCUUGAGUCGUCGGCUCUUCUCGGAGCAUCGGAAACGCCGAGAAAUUCAGCACCAGCUCCAGACGGCGGUGGUGGUGGUGGAGACUUGAUGUCGGCAUUGUCGAAGGCACUGGAUGCACGAAGGAAGGCGAUCAAUGGGAAAGUGGAAGCCCAGCCGCCGGCCAAGGUUUCAUCCACGAUUCCGGCUCCACCGAAUUUUGAUGAUGAGGAAUGGGACUGAAAUGGUUGAUGGAAAAUGACGGAAAUUUUUGAAAAAAAACUGAUUUUUUCUGCCUGAAAUUGUAAAAAAAUUGGAAAAAAUCCGUUAAAAACUAUGGGAAUUCACGAAUUUUUAUUGAAAAAAAAACGUGAAAUUUCAGAAAAAAAAAACAGAUUUUUUUCGCCUAAAAUUGUUUAAAAAUUGGAAAAAAUCCGUUAAAAAUUAUGGAAAUUCCAUGAAAAAAAUUUUAUUGAAAAAAUCGAGAAAUUUCUGUAAAAAACGGAUUUUUCUGCCUGAAUUUGUUUAAAAAAUUGGAAAAAAUGAUGCAAAUUCCACGAAUUUUUAUUGAAAAAAUCGAGAAAUUUCCGUCUAAAAUUGAUUAAAUAUAUUCUAAAAAAUUAAAUUUUUCGAAGGAAAAACUAAAUUUAUAUUAUGAAAAUUAGCUUCAAAUGACGGAAAUUCAAAUUUCUAGGUUGAAAAAUUUUGCAGAUUAACGGAAAAUUUCAGUUAAAAAAUUCCGAUUUUUUUCCAAGAAUUUUCUCAGUUUGAAAUUAACUUUUUUUUAUUUUAAAAAUGCCGAAAAACGUAAAAAUUUCAGUUUUUUAUUGGGCUUUUCCCAAAUUUUAAAUCGUAAAAACUGAUGGAAAUUCACAUAUUUUUAUUGGAAAAUUCUAGAAAUCUCUGAAAAAAAAAACUGAUUUUUUCGAUUUUUUCUGCCUGAAAUUGUGAAAAAAAAUUGGAAAAAAUCCGUUAAAAAUGAUGGAAAAAAAUUCCAUGAAAUUCCAUGAAUUUUUGUUGAAAAAUUCGAGAAAUUUCCAGGAAAUUUCCAAUUUUUCGACUUUUUUUUUGAAUUUUUUCAGGUUAAAAUUGAAAUUUUCGGUGGAAUUCUAUCAAAAAAAUCGGGAAAUAAUUUUUUUCAUCGCUAAAAAAAGUUGAAACAAUUUAUUUUUUUGACAAUUUUUUCUUCAAAACCUCCCGAAAUUUUUUUCCGAUUUUUUAAAUAAUUAAAUCUAAAUUUUUCUAUUUUUUAAGCCUUUUUUCACCAUUUUCAGCUCCCAAAACUCUCGUUUUUCCCUAUUUUUUCAAAAUUUUAAAAUUAUAUUUUUGCUCCCCUACUUGCCUGCCUGCCUGCCUACCUUUUUUCUGUGAUUUUUCCAUAUUUUUUUCACUUUUUUUUCUGUGAUUUUUUAUCAAUUUCCUUCCACCCGCUCACUUGCCCCAAUCGUUGUUUGUAGAUUUUUCUUAUCGAAUACGGUUAGAAUAGUUAUAUAUUUGUAAAAAUUGUCGUUUUUUUCAAAAUCUCGGGAAAUUUUAGAUUUUUUUUUGUAUAAAUUAAACUGGCCUCUAUUU